UUGCACAAGGAGCGGGCUGCUCUGCCCUGGAUGUGGUGGGCCCGGCUGACCCGGCGUGGGGAUCCCCAGCCUGACAAAAACCUCCGGGGACAAUUUUAGCAGCGGAGACAAAGCACGAGGGUUUGAGCCAACUGCCUGGUCAGGAUGAGCUGGAGCUUCCUGACGCGGCUCCUGGAGGAGAUCAACAACCACUCGACCUUCGUGGGCAAGAUCUGGCUCAGCGUCCUCAUCGUCUUCCGGAUCGUGCUGACGGCCGUGGGGGGCGAGUCCAUCUACUACGACGAGCAGAGCAAGUUUGUCUGCAACACGCAGCAGCCCGGCUGCGAGAACGUGUGCUACGACGCCUUCGCCCCGCUCUCCCACGUUCGCUUCUGGAUCUUCCAGAUCAUCAUGGUGGCCACCCCCUCGGUGCUCUACCUGGGCUUCGCCAUGCACCGCAUCGCCCGCAUGCCCGAGUCCUCGCGGCGCCGGGCGCCGGUGACCCCGCGGGGACGCAUGCCGGUGGUGCGGCGGGGGGCCGGGCGGGACUACGAGGAGGCGGAGGACGAUAACGAAGAGGACCCCAUGAUCUUUGAGGAGAUCGAGGUGGAGAAGGAGAAGAGCACGGAGGGCGGGGAGAAGCACGAUGGCCGGCGCCGCAUCAAGCAGGACGGGCUGAUGCGCGCCUACGUGCUGCACCUGCUGUGCCGCUCGCUGCUGGAGAUGGCUUUCCUCUUCGGGCAGUACCUGCUGUACCGCUUCGAGGUGAGCCCGUCCUACGUCUGCAGCCGCAGCCCCUGCCCGCACACCGUCGACUGCUUUGUCUCCCGCCCCACCGAGAAGACCAUCUUCCUGCUCAUCAUGUACGCGGUCAGCGGGCUCUGCCUCUUCCUCAACCUCUGCGAGCUCCUGCACCUCGGCGUGGGGCGCAUCCGCGACGCGCUCAGCCAGACCGCCAGCCCCCCGCACCCGCCCGGCGGCAGCCCCACGCCACAGUACGCCAAGAAAGCCCCCAGCGCGCCCCCCACCUACCACUCGCUGAAGAAGGAGACGCUGAAAGCCCCCCUGCCCGACGGCAAGCUGGACUACAGGGAGAACCUGGCCAACUCGGCGGCGGAGCGCUUCGCCCUGGCCGGCGCUCCCCCCGAGCACGAGCUGGAGCGGCUGCGCAAGCACCUGCGCAUGGCGCAGGAGCACCUGGAGAUGGCUUUCCACCUCCAGCCGCCCCCGCAGCCCCCCAGCCCCUCUCGCAGCAGCAGCCCCGAGGCCAACGGCAUCGCCGCCGAGCAGAACCGCCUCAACCUGGCCCACGAGAAGGGCGGCAGCGUCUGCGAGAGGACCACGGGGCUGUGAGCGCGGAGGACGGCGGGAUCGGCCGGUCGGAUGCGGCUGCUGGUUCGAGACAGUGACGUAUGUCUUUCCGGUGGGGCUGGCCGGGGCGUCCCUGUCCCAGUGGGCAGCUAUGGGGACUGGGGCUUGGGGAACCUUCCUUCACUGUUCUUAAUUUUUUAACAAAGGGAAUAUCUUAUUUUUGUACAUUUUUAUAAACUCAGCAGCGUGCACCCUGGCAUUUUUAUACUCCCUUAGCGAAACCCGCUCGAGGCCUGCACCUCCCCUCCCUGCCUCCCAUUCUACCCCCUUAUCCCUCUCCCACGCCCCAUUCCCGCAGCAUCUCCCACUUGUGCCUCCCCCGUGCCCCCCGUGCCCGCCGUCAUCUGCUGCUGAGCACGUGCAGGUCACGGCAGCAGGACUGGUACCUGCGGCGUGGGGGCUGCAGCCGGGCUCCGGCUGGCCGGGCCAUCCCCGGGGCAGGCCACGGAGCUGGAAGAGGUGGCAGCGGGGA